UCAUAAUUUUUUCAAUUAGAAAUCUAUAUAAAAAUCAAGUUCAUACUUGCCAGACAACAACAGUAUUGAAAUUCGUUUCAAAAUAGCUGCAAUGCAAACAGUUGCAAUUUUAUUUAUUUUUUUAAUUGGAUUUCAAAUUUGUAAGGCAGAGGUUCAGGAAUGGUGCAGCAAGGAGCCUUUGAAAAAUGUCUUUCGCGUGUGUUCCCAAAAGACGGGUGUGGGAAAGGCCGAAAUAUAUCGAGUCAUAUAUUUCCAUCCACCACAAAGCUUUAAUGAGAAAUGCUUCCGGGCCUGUUCCAUGAUUGAAUGCCAAUACUACAAUGUCGACGGAACUCUCAAACAUGACACAGCGCACAGGGUUGCCAAGGUACUGUCUGCCGGUGAUCUUUUCAAAUAUGAACUGGUGAAGAGGGUCGUUUCGCACUGUUUACACACAGCGCCGCUACAUAAUAAUGUUUGCGAUACCACCGAAGCUUUUAUCCAAUGUUUUGUCACACUUUCCCCCGUCAAAGUGUCACUGGACAGGGCAUUGCCAUGAGACGGAAUUUGGAGAAGAUAAAAAGUGAUUUUACAAAAAAAAAAAAAAAAAAAAAAAAAAAA